AUGAAGGGGAAGACUCGAGCUGUGCCGCUCGCAACGCUCAUCGCAGACGCUGUCGCGUCAAACCGCUUCUUCUACUCGUUCGAGUACAGCGCCGCGCGCGACCCGCGGCCAGAGGAUCUGCUCCGGCGCGUGGCAAGGAUGGGCGAUGACCUCCGUCCGCUCUGGAUCGAUUUGACCUGGGGCUUCGGCGACGUCGGUGCCAGGACGGUUGCCGCUGCGCGUCACAUCCAAAAAGCAACGGGGCUGCCCGUCCUGAUGCACCUCAUCUGCACCGAUAUGACGGUUGCAGACCUCGACGCCGCGCUAGACGCCGCGCUCCUCGCCGGCGUCCGCGCCAUCCUCGUGAUGCGCGGCUACACGCAGGCGGGUUGCGCGCCCUGA